GGUGCCCUAUUCAAACAGGGAGUCCUUAAAUGAAAACGCUCACAAGUGAGAUGAAUUUUGUGUUAUUUUGUGUUUGUCUCUUGAUUUGUAUUUUACAAUUAAAAUGUGAUGAUUGGAAAGGUGAUGAUAGCUGUACGCAAAAAGGUUUGGAAAAAUGUCAGUGCGAUGAUGACGAUGGCAAGUUAGAGGUGAAGUGUCGAAAUAUUGGAUUAAAAGACUUUCCUAUUCGAUAUCUUCCAUCCAAGACAACUGAAGUAGAUUUACAGGACAAUAACAUCACUUCUCUCAAAUCGAUUGAUUUUUCGAAGUUACCAAACCUUGAGCGUUUGUAUCUUCGUAAUAAUCAAAUGAAGGAACUACCUGCUGGGAUUUUUAAAUCCUUAAAAAAGUUGGAAAGGUUAGAUGUGAGUUUUAAUAGAUUAAGUAUGAUAAAUGGAGCCUUUGAUGGAUUGUCAAGACUGACUGAGUUGCACUUGCAAGGUAACUUGUUUAUCAAAGUUUUACCUGACAAUAUUUUUCAAUCACUGCAAAGUUUGAAAACACUCGAUUUGGGGAAUAACGCAAUCGAGAACAUCCCAGAUAAAACAUUUGCCGGGUUAACUAAAUUAAAUAAAGUUCAUUUAGAGUUAAACUCCAUUAAGAAUAUCCAAGUAAAUUCAUUUUAUGGUGCUCCGAAUUUAAGAGAAAUCUUUUUGCAUAAUAACAAUAUAACAGAAAUUAAUGAUCAGGCAUUUAAAGACUUGUCAAAGUUACAGCGACUGGACUUAACAUCAAAUCAGAUCAAGGCGCUUCAUCCGCAAUCUUUUGUUGGUCAAGUUAGCUUGACAUUUUUGAAUUUAGCUCAUAAUCAUCUUCAACAGCUACCUAGUGAACUAUUUACAAGUUUAAGAAACCUGCAAUCACUCUACCUACACGAUAAUAUGAUAGAUACAAUUCCAAAAGAUUUGUUUAAAAACCAAAAUCAGUUAUACGGAUUGUAUAUUAACAACAACAAAAUUCAAAAACUCCUGGAUGAACAAUUGAAUGGUUUGAGCAGUAUUGGGAGGCUUCAUGUUUCAAGUAACGGGCUAAGAAAUCUGUCAUUAACAAAAAUACCAACAAUAACGUUCCUGGAUGUUUCAAAUAACAACCUGGAGAAUAUAACAUUUAGCAAAUUAGACUCCCUGACUUACCUCGAUGUUAGUGGAAAUAUUUUAUUAAAUGUUCCAACAUCAUUGAUAUCGAAAGCUGGAAGGAUUGAAAAGUUGAUGUUAAACAAUCUGGCCUUAAACUCAAAUGAUAUCUCCAAGCUGCCUCCAUACAGGAGCUUUAGAACAUUGACUUUAUCAGCAAACAACUUCACAUCUAUACCCGAUAACCUUCCAAAUAUUGGAGACUCGUUAGAUUUGUCAAACAAUAACAUCAAGAACAUUAAUGGCAGUUUAUUUCGCAGACUGAACUCUAUUGAACGUUUAAAUUUAGCAAAUAAUUUUAUCUCAAAUAUCACCAACGCUACCUUUGACGGAUUGAUUUACAUGAGGCACUUAAACCUGUCUGGAAAUGCAUUGUCUUAUAUUGGAAAUGUUUUUAACCAUAUGACACGAAUGAUCUCACUUGAUUUAUCUAAUAACCAUAUCAGAACAUUCCAUAAGAGUGCAUUUCAUAGCAGUACCGGUAUUUGGAAUUUAAGGUUAAGUAAAAAUAAAAUUUCCAACCUCUCAGAUGUUCCAUUAUCACCAUUAAUUCAUCUUCGUCAACUGUAUAUCGCUGGAAAUGAUCUAACUAUUUUAACAGUAGACCUGAAUGGUUUGGGGCAAUUAGAAGUUCUGGAUUUAUCAGAAAACCAAAUUAAUUCUAUUUCUAAAUCAGCUUUGAAUUCAUUGCUUAAACUGAAAACAGUGUUUCUUCAGAAAAAUCAAAUAUCAUCGUUACCAAAGGACUUUCUAAAAACUAACUCUAAAUUAACCCACGUGGACUUAUCCCAGAAUCAAAAGUUGGUUUGUGACUGCAAGGUAAUUAUUACCCUCAACGCGAUCAAAACGAAAAACAUACUAGGAAUAUGUAAGAACACUGAAGGUAACACAGCUGGGAUAGCAACAUAUUUAAAACCUAUUAAAGACCUAUCAUUCACAAAAUGCAAUUUAUGUCCAUUAAACCCUUGCAAUUAUAGAGGAGACUGUAGUGGUGAUUCGACAAAUGGAUAUGUUUGCAAGUGUCGUAACCCAUACAUUGGAAGCAAUUGUGAAGUAAACAAAAACACGUGCCAAGAUACACAAACUUGUGGCUUAUGUAAAGGCAACACUUGCAAUAACCACGGAGAGUGUUUAGAAAUUACCUCGAAGAAAUCAGAAUGUAAAUGCUACAAAGGAUUUAAAGGUACGUAUUGCAAAGAAACUGAUAGUGGUACGACUAACGCAUGUACCAACGUGAAUUGCCAGAACGGUGGCACUUGUAUGAUAGUGCAAAACAAAGCUAAUCAAGAGUUUCAAUGCAAGUGUGCUAGAGGAUAUUUUGGCACCAACUGUCAAACGAAAAUCACCACAAAACCGUGUUUGCAAAACAAAUGCAGAAAUAAUGCAACAUGCACGCCGAAAAUUAACGAAGAAUACAUUUGCCACUGUGUGGAUAGUUUCGAAGGUAUGUUUUGUGAUAAGCAAAAGCACAUUGAAAAAAAGGAAAAAUCAAAAAAAGGAAUGCAGGUUGGUCUUGGUGUUGGCUUUGGCGCAGUAACAUUUGUAAUUUUUGUUGCGAUUUUUGUUGUACACAGAAAACGACAUCAGCAAUGUAACAAAAGGAACAUUGAAAUGCAUUUUCAAAACAAUGGGUACGAAAAGACAAUAUAGAGCAAAAUCAUUUUUGUACAAUUUUUUUUUUUUUGAAUAGACGAUGAUUAUAUUACUUGUACAACAUAAUUAAAGAAUUCGGAAAUAAUGUA